GUUUCCAGUGUGCACAACACCCCCGUUACCUGUAAACAAAAAGCAACAGCAGAUACUUGAAUUUUGAAAGUUGAGAAACUGUUGGUUUGAAAAUACCGAAGAUGAGCAUGUUAAAUGAUUCAUCGAUUGAGGGUGAAAGUUUUAGUUCUUCUUGGAAACGUACAAGGUCUGUUGUGGAGGCAAGCAGUCAAACAAAGACUAAUAAUAACCCGACACGUGAUAAAAGCUACCAAUCAAUAAAGAAAAAUAGUGUUGAGGUACAAACUGAGGAUCUGUUUGAUACCUAUUCUAACCUACCAGAAACUGUUCCGUCAGGACUUCCAGAGUUUCUUGCACGCGUAGAGCCUCUUGUCACAAAGGAGUUAAGAAAGAACAUAACAAGUCAAGCGUUUAAUGGUUAUGAUGUCAGCUGGGCGGCAGUGCAUAAAGCUGUCUCCUGUGUUCACACACUGCAAAAUGUCGACUUCCAGAAAGAGCAAAUGGAGUGCACAGGGCUGUCUUGGAACUGUGUUGGGUCUGUGAUUGCAGCAAUAUAUGGUCGACAUGAUCACGAAGACUGGUGUACUCACAAGGGGGCAUUCUGCAUGUGGAACAUUGACCGGCCACAUCUAAAUCCAGGCAAGCCGGAUUUUGUUAUGGAGACACCCGCUUGUAUGACAAGUAUUGCCUUCCACCCAACUGAACCAACACUGAUAGCUGGUGGCUAUUUCAAUGGUGAAGUUGUUGUGUGGAACCUCGGAUUAGAUGAGGAUACACAGCUGGCUGCUUCAGAUGAGAAUUCACACCGAGAGCCUGUCACCCAGGUGCAGUGGAUCAUCGAUCCGAAAUCUCGCGUUAUUGCAAAGUAUCAUCUUGUUAGCGUUAGUUCUGAUGGUAAAAUGCUGAGAUGGCAAGUGCCGGUUAGAAAACAGAACUUGAAAUUAUUGGAUGGUUUCAUGCUUCUCGGCAAAAACAAUGUAGACGUGUUGAAAAUGAAGGAGUCGGAGGCAAACCGGGAAGUCGGUG